CCGGCGCGCCAGCGGCCCUCGGGAGAGCUGUGGUGGCGGCUGUGGCCGGGCCCUGCCCCGUCCCGGCACACCCGAGGUGAGGCCGGUCCCGCCCCGGAACGCACCCAGCUACCGAAAAAAAACAGGAGGCCGAUGCAUAAGAAACACCGAGUGUUCCCCCAGUUGAGACGUCUUGUAGUCCAUAGUUAAUAAAACCAGCUUGUUCCAACUCUUGAGAUACAGGAGCUGCAAAAAUGACAAAAAAUGCUGCUACUUCCAGACAUUCGGUUCCUCUUUUUGAUGAUAACGCAAGUGAACAGUCAAAAUCUACCUGGAGAAAGAGAGUGCUUCCAUCUUGGAUGCUGGAAAAAGAUCUCCUGGUUCAGAGAAUUUCUGAGCCUGUACCGAAAGCAGGUAGUAGAAUGAAAAAAGGCCAAGGAAGGGGAGAAAGUAAUAUGGAGUCAUUAGAAUCCAAAGUAAAUGUGCAGCAGAAAAAAAGAUUAGCUUCUGAAGAAACUAUAGAGGAUUUUGAAGGUGAAGAGGCAGAUCAAAAGAAAAGGAGCUGUCUUUCUAUCCCUGUCCCUUCAUCUCAGAAUACAUCUGGAUUUCCACUUGAGAAUACCAUGAGAAACAUGGAAGGAAAUGGCAACACUGGAACAAAAAACCAUGGAAGUUCUCUGGAAAAAAAUGAUAGGCAGCUGCAUAGUAAACAGUCCAAAAGAGUAGGUCAGAUCUCCAGUAAAGAAAAUAGAAUUGAGGAAGCAGAAAACAAAGCGCAGAUUACUGGUUCUACAAGCCAACAAGCUCACUGGGGCAGGACUUCCCAAAAUUUUGGUGCCCAGGAAGGGAUUCUUGAGCCUGAUGCAAAUCUGGAUUACGAGACUGAGAUUUCUGAUUCAACCAGAAGUGCAGAUGCUUCAGAAAGCUCCAAACAGAUCAAGCGUAAGAGGACACCUUGCAUGUAUGGAUCAGGCUGUUACAGGAAGAAUCCCAUUCACUUUCAGCAGUUCAGUCACCCUAAUGAUGAUGACUAUUAUGAAACAGAGAUUGUAGCUCAGGAUAACAACGAUAACCGGCCUGAAUGUCCAUAUGGAACAGCUUGUUACAGGAAGAAUCCUCAGCACAAGCUAGAAUACAAGCACUCUGCACCUCCAGUAACUGAAAGAGCAACCCGACAAAAAACUUCGAAAAAUGGAAAAAGGGCUGUGGAGAAAGACGGUGCCAGUGAUGAUGAACCAAAUGAAUAUGACCUUGAUGACAGCUUUAUAGAUGAUGAGGAAGAGGAGUGUGAACCUACUGAUGAAGACUCUGACUGGGAACCAAGUUCAGAAGACAAGGAUAAUGAAGAUGUUGAAACACUUUUGCAAGAAGCACAUAGAUUUGUUAAGACCAAAAAGUAGCUGCACGGAACAACAUUACACAUCUGAUCUGGUUGUGUUAAAACAUAGAUGUGCAAGGAGAGGAACUGCUUUGAAAACUGAUUUUUCCUCAGUGAUGUAGGCACUACAGAAAGAUUUUAAUGGGGGCAAAGGGAUUCAGCAAAGCCUUUCAUUUCCAUAUGUAUUAUUUUGGUGUUUUUUUCUGUGUUGUUAAGUGGUGGAGCCAGAGGACUGAGCUCUGAAAGUUUGUUUUAUUUUUUCCCCCCUCAUUUAUUUGUUUUGCAACACCAUUGGUGUCUCAUAGUUUGAAAUAAAAUUUUAAAGGUUGUUAAUGCUUCACCAUCCUAUCAUUAAAAGAAAUAUUUGCAUUAGGAAAGCCUUUUGUUUUGCUGAAAUGCUAUAUAUAUACACUGUGUUGAAUGAAGAGGAGUUAUGCUUCACACCUGCAGUAUCGCAGACUUACUUGGCCGUUGCUGGGGAAUCUGCCUAAACCAGUUUUUAAUGUUCUUUUAAGUUGGUGCAGUCUUAAUUCUGCUCCUAGCUUUCCUUUUAGGUGUCAUUUCUUUGAUUCUUUUGGUGUACAGUAGUUAAAAUACAGGUUGUUUAAAUCACUUGAGAACAGUAUCUCAGUGUAUCGAACCACUUGGUUGUCUCCACAACAAUUAUGGUGUAUUUGCUCUCAUUACAGCAGUAUCAUUUACCGUGCCUGUACAUCGCUGGAAUUAUGUUCAGUUCACAACAAAUCCAAAGUCUUCGUGACUGUAUUUUUGCACAAUUAAACUUGUAACAUAGUGUGGGAAAAACACGUAA